CGGACAGCGGUGGUGGCGGCGAAACGGCAGGGGUACUAUGGGAGCUGGGGAAUGGAGGGCGGAGGAGGGCUACAGGCCACGGACCUCCACCGGCGGCUUAUCCAUAAAACGACAUCUAGAAGAACUAAGAGUUCACGAAGAUUUUUGCAGCCCUUAGAGAAUGAGUGUUCAGCGGAAGUUUCUUCUCUCGAUGACGAGAGAUCGAUUCCCUGGACAACAGCAGGCUUCACUUCCGGACAGCCCACCUGUCUUGGGAUCGGCAAAACACGCAGCAAGCGUCAAUCGACGGUGCAUGACAGCAUUGCGUGGCCGUAUCUUAUUCAGGACAAGUUUGUGAGUCUGAAGCAGCAAAGCCAUCGACAAGAGAGUCUGAAAGCCUCAUUUAACAGACUUAGUAGUGAGGCAAGUGUAGUUGAGAAUGUGGAUCAAGAGAACGAGAGGAUGGAGAGAAGAAGGUUACGAAGGUGCAGAGGCUUCCGACAAUUCACGGAUAUGCUCGUUGGAACGUUUCUACUUGGGGUUGUUUUACUCAUCACACCAGGUCUCUGUCAUCAGGAUGCGGUGCACAUAACAGCUAUUUUGGGUGAAAGCGUAGUCUUCAAUUGUCAUGUUGAGUUCCCCGGUGAGCAUCCAGUGCCCUAUGUUCUCCAAUGGGAGAAGAAGGUAGGCGACACGGUACGAUAUCGGACGAUGAACCUCUCUGCUCUCUAUUCG